AUGGCCAGUACAAUCCGCGUCUGCGCAUCCGUCUUAAUUAUUAUUGUGCUCCUCCUCACAACCAAAGUUGCGUGCUAUGAAAAAACAUUACGGAAAAUUGUACGAAACCAAUCGAAAAUGGUACAGAGACCAUUCAGUGAAAAUACCGGUCCAGAUUCAAUAUGGAAAAAUGUCACUAACAUUCAUUCUGUACGUGUCAGUGAAGCUCUACUCUUUCCAACAGUAGCUCAAAUGAAAACAGUAUUCCAUCAUAUACAAAGACCAAAAAUGUCAACCAUAUUGACUUCACUAGAAACAAGUAAAGGAAAAGCUUCAUAUUCGAAACCAAAGAUAUCAAAUCCAGCAACGACCAAUGAACUCAGGUUGACCAGAAAUACGUUUACAGACAUAAACGUAACGAGGGAACCUCCUAGAGAACGAACGGAAGUUUAUCAUAACUUUACCAAUGCAAACAACGUAAAAUUGGCCAUUAAAAACUACUAUCAAAUUCCUACACCGUCCAGGUUCUUCCCACCGAUAGAAGACCAUGGCAUGCACACUAGCCCAGAACAAAGAGGAACAAGCAGUAAAGAAAACACAGUAAUAAUUCCAAAGUUCCAGGAAACGAAUAAUGAUAAAGAAGAUAUACAGGUCAAAGGUAUUUUGAUCCCAAAAUCUAAAAUCACGACCCAAACUGAAAGUACAGUCAAUGCAGUGCGUAGACAAACAAUGCAUAGUAUUAUAGAUAUAGAUCCAGAGAAUGAAAAAGCUGAUUUUCUUAUCGAAGGCUUACCCAUGGAUAGUACAUUAUUCACCUAUAAUCUAACAUCCGACCCCUACACUUGUUCUGCAUUAAAAAUAACAAAAACGGACAUCGAUGCACAAGAAAAAUUUUCACAACUGAAUAUAGAGCCCUUUUGGACAAGCAGAAAGCAUUUUUGGAAUCAUAUUUUCGAUAGCCGAUAUGAGUCUCUAAUGAGGAAUCCAAAAUGGCCACCUUUGAAGGUUAUUUUAGUACCUCGAACUCACGUAGACUCAAUAUGGAGACGAUCAUUUGCACAAUAUCACAACGAUAGUGUUAACAAAAUUCUUUCAAAUAUUGUGAAAAAACUGCAGUUCUACAGCACACUGACAUUUAGUUGGAAUGAGGUGUCGCAUCUGAGCUAUUGGUGGAAAACAACAACGCACAGAAAUCGGGCGGCAUUUCGCAAAUUAUUAAGGUCAGGCAGACUUGAAAUAACAACGGGAGGUUGGGUCGAACCCGAUGAAGCAACAUCGCAUUUAUUUGGACUCGUUCAUCAGCUUACGGAAGGACACCAGUGGCUAAAGCAACAUUUGAAUUAUACUCCAAAAGUAGCUUGGUUGACCAAUAGUGUUACUCACAGUCCAACUAUGACUUAUCUACUAGCCGCAUCAAAUGUUAACGAACUGGUUUUCACAAAUGUUCAUUACGCUUGGGAACAAUUUUUAGCUGAAUAUCAAUACAGCGACUUUAUAUGGCUACAAAGUUGGGACGACGAUAAAACUUAUCCGUCCAAUUUGAACGACGUAUUGAACAGAAUGGGGAAUGAUCGUUACCCGAAGUAUGCUGUUCUGACACAUUAUCUGCAAUUUAAUUCAGCUGGCUUUAGAGCGUGCGGUCCAAAUGGCCCUCUCUGUGCUACAGAUUAUAACUUUGCAACCAAUCAUAGAAAUCUUGAUGUCAGUGCUUUCAAUGUAAAGGAAAAAUCCGAGCUGCUUCUCGAACAAUAUUCUAAAACAGGAACAAUAUCACCCCAUAACACCAUUAUUGCUCCUCUAGGUGGUCCGUACCAUUACGAAAUGCAAGCAGAAUUCGACUUUCAGUUCAAUAAUUAUCAAAAAAUUUCCGACUUUGUAGCAGCAAAUAAAGAAAUUUAUAAAGCUAGCAUAGAAUUCGGAACUACUAAAGAUUAUUUUGAUUUUUUAAAAUCUAAACAUAAACAAUUUCCUACUUUUAAAGGCGACUUUCUUAAUUUCGCUGACAUUAGUUCCGGUAGUCCUGCAUAUUGGACUGGCUUCUAUACGUCAAGACCAUUUACUAAGAUACUAUUGAGACGUUUGCACUCAACACUGCGGACUACAGAAAUAUUAUUUUCUUUUGCUUUGAAUCUUAACGUAUUUCGCCGCUCCAACAUUACUCAAAUAUAUGAACUCUUAAUAAAAACAAGAGAAACAGUCGCACGUCUUGUUGACCGCAAUGUCCUAAGCGGAACAGUUUCAGCAAAUGCCUUGAAGUAUGUUCAUAAUCAAAUAUUAAAUACAGCCAAGGACUGCUGGUACAUCCAGGAAAUUUCUGCUAGUUUCUUAAGUUUGAAGCCAGAGAAACACGUGGCCUAUUUACAAAAAUAUGUUUAUAGAAAUGGUGAAUUCACGUCCGUAUUAAGGACAGUUUCGCCCGGAGAUCAAGUUUACAUUUUUAACUCCUUAAGUCAUGAGCGAACCGAAAUUGUAGAACUCACUACAAGAUAUCCAAACAUAAGAAUCGUGGAUCAUAAUAAAAGAGACGUGACCGUUCAGAUAAACCCAGUAUGGACUUACACUUCGGAAAAUCUCAUUAAAUUAUCAAGAAUGUUCUACAAGAUUGUUUUUGCUGUAAUGAUGCCUCCGUUAACACUUGAACUUUUUAAAAUUAAGGAUACAUACGACGCUUCACAGAAUGCUGCUACUAUAUAUUGUUUAUCAUGCCAUGUUGACGAUGUAAUCAAUAACGGGACUGUAUAUCCAUUUACCAUUCAACCAAUACAGUCAGGUGACAUACAACUUGAGAGUUAUAAACACAGACUCCUGUUUGACGAAUUUACUGGCUUUCUGAAAACAGUAAUCGAGAAAGAAACAAAUAUUGAGAAAAACGUUAUAAUUGAUUACGGCGCGUUUAGAGAUUCUGAUUUUAAUUCUGGAAUGUUUUUAUUUAAUACAAAUACUACGAAACCCCUGCACGACAUUCUAGCAGAAUACAGAUCAGGAAACAAAAAGAAAAUUUUAUUGAUUGUAUCAGGACUAGUCACUACGGAAAUAACUAGUAUUUAUGGACGAUUAUUACAACACACAACUAAAAUAUUCAAUCUCCUUAGAAGCCCUUUGUCAGGUGCUAUUUAUAUGGAAAGCAAAGUAGAUUACGAAGUGUCACCUAAGUACAGAGAAUUAGAACUCUUUCUUUCAAUACAGACAGAUAUCAAUAAUGGUAAUCCUCCAGAGAUCUUUACAGACAACAAUGGCUUCCAGUACACUUCGCGAAUUUUAAAUAUCAGCCGUCGCAUUGAAUCUAACAUGUACCCAAUAACAAGUAUGGCAUUUAUACAAGAUAGAAAAACUAGACUUACUUUCAUAACAGACCAUGCUCAAGGUGUCACUGCUCUACAAGAAGGGCAAAUGCUGUUCAUGCUCGAUAGACGAGUCCUUUAUAAUGACGGUCGAGGCACUCAUGAAGGACUGGCAGAUAGUACUACUACGUGUCACAGAAAUUAUAUAUUGAUGGAAAAUCUUAUGGAUUCAGCUAACGCAUUUAAUCGACAAUCACACAAACAGGAAUUGAAACUCCCCAGUCUAACUGCAUUACAUCUAUCCAAUGCUCUUGAUUACCUUCUGGAUAUAUUCCUUAUCGAAAAAAAUCACACUGAACUUUGUUACUAUACUUUUCUACCCUUAGUCAAAACUUCUUUUCCCUGUGAUGUUUCUCUUGUUAAUUUCAGAGCAAUUCUACACAGAAGUACGUUUCGGCAUACUACCCCCAACGCUGCGUUGAUGACCCUACAUCGGCAAAGCUUUUCCUGUCAAGUAGAGAACUCUGCAGAACUGCACUGCAGUGGUGAUAGUCACAUUGUUCUUAAAAAGUUACUACGUAAUAUAAAGAAAAUAGAUCAGAUGAACCUCCCAGGAACCGACGAAGGGGUGCCAGUAUUUGUAUUAAGCCAUACCAACUUUCCGCCGAUGGAAUUGACUACUUUGAGGAUACAAUUUUAA